CUAAAAUGGGUACCAAAUCAAAAAAAUCCAAAAGAUCAAAACUCCCCAAAAAUUCAAAAUCCCACUCCAAACCUCCCUCCUCUCCACCCCCCAAAGACCCAUCUACAUACAAAAAAUUCCCUCUUAAGGCCCCAAAUCCCCAAAAUUCUCCAUCCAAAAACAAGCUCUCUCACUUAUCCAAGGUGCUCAAGGUGGUUGAAGAGCAAGGGAUUGGGUGUAAUUGGGUGGAUGUAGCUAAGGUGAUAGAGAAAGAAGCAAAUCAAAGGGUUUAUGGGAAGGUUGUACAGGGAAUUGUAAGGAUAUCAAGUGCAGAUAGGAAAAGAGUCAAGUCUAUAGAUCCAUUAGUAGCAGAGAUGAAAGCAAUCGAGAGGGAGAGAAUGGUCAGGAAUGAUAUAUUAAAGAUGCAUUUGAAAUAAUGAAAUUAAAAGACAAGAAUAUAUGGAAAUAAAGAAAAAUUAAGAAGGGAUCCUUUAAUGAUCUUCGAGAAUUAAAUAAUACAGUUGCUGAAAUGCCACUUGCAGAUAUUUCAGGAGUUAACACUUACAGUCCAGGAAGUUUUAAAGGUUUUAAAUAAAGUGUUAUUCAGGUCAAAAUCUAAAGAGGAGAGGUACAAAUUUUCCAAUAAAUUGAUGUCCAAACUAAAGCAGAAAAAGUUAGAACUAUCCCAAUUGAGAACUAAGAGACUUCAAAACCAACAGACUCGACUCCAAAAGGAAAUAAAACGCCAGGAACAAAUGGAAAAGAAAAAGAAGGAUGAGAUGCAAAAGAGCAUUCUCAGUAAACUUGAUGAGAUGCAAAGAAAAAGGAGCCAUGAGAGAGAAGAACGACUCAGAAUGACAAAAGAAUGGGAAAUUAAGCACAGAGAUAUGGUCAGUGAGAAUUUACUCUACAAAAAAAUUUCAAAAUAAAGAUGAUAAACUUCUAAAUCGAGACUUGUCUUUUGAUAGAUUGGAGAGUAAGAGUACUAUGCAAAGACACCAGCCUCUUGACCAUGAUGAACUCAAAGUGUUUGAAAAGGAUUACUUAAAGAGGAAGAAAUCUAACAUAAAAGCUAGGAAGAAAACAAGACUUCUAGAGCUUAAAAAUAUCGAUAAACUAGACCUUCCAACUAGUAAAAAGUGGAUGGAAGUUAAGAAACGAGAGGAAAGGGAAAAGAAACAUGCUGAAGAGAAGGCAAAAGAAGCAUUCAAUUUAGCCUUAAAGAAGCUUAGAUAUUCAAAAGAAGUCAAAGCAUCAUAUUGGCCAGAGGUUUCAAAGACAAAGAGACAAGAAAUUCUUAAUAGAAAUUUUGAGCAUGCCUUAAAAACUACCAGAAAUGGAAAGGCAGAAGGUCUAGAUUUAAGCUCUGAUAAUCAGAAUAAAGCUGGAAUAAAUAAUUAUAUUGUAAAAACAGCUAGGAGAUUAGGAGAAAGACAGAAUAUUUCAAAUCUUCCCUCAUUCCAGAAUGAUAAACUUGUAAAUCUGAAGAAGAAAAGUCUCUUGAAAAACAAUGCUACAAGAACAGAAAAAGACAGGUCUCAUGCUAAAUCUGUAGGAGAGAGGAAUAUUCCCAAAGACUAUCUCAAAAUGAUGAGAGAUAAGAACAAGGACAAUCCUAGCACUCGUAAUCUAGCUUCUGAGAGACAUAUUAAAGACUGGAAGAAAUCUAUGAAUAAAAAGAAUUAUGAUGACUUCACUAAAGUUGAAAUGAUGAAAAUGAAGUCAAAGCAGAUAGAUCAAGUGUAUAAGAUGAAGGAGGAGUCCUACAGAAAUGAUCAUGUUUCUUUUGAUCAAGCUCAUGAGCUGAACAACAUACUAGUCAACUCUAUUGAGGCAAAAUUAUCAGCACUGAAAAAGUUAGAGUUUCAAUAAGCAGAUUUAUUUCAAUUAUUUAAAAUGA